AGAGUUAAAAGUUCAACUGGUAAAACUUACACAUAGAACCACACUGCAGCAGGAUUCCCAUUUGCCAGCAUCUGAGCCCCACACGGUACAUGGUGCCUAGCAUCCUACAUAUCUUAAAACAUCAGCUCAUUUAAGCCAGAUGUGGUGGCAGCUGCCUGCACUCCUCGUGCUGCAUGGUGAAGAAGGAAGGAAUGGGAGUUUGAAGGCCAGCCUCAGCUCUAGAUCAGAUUUGAGGUCCCAGAAGACCACACUGGAGCUACGAAAUUCACAUCACGGAGAGGCCUCAUAACCAUCACCACAGCGCGGCAGCCAUCGGCUGUACCCCUGAAGCCCGUACACCCCACAGACCCCACCUGAGAUGUCUUCUUUUGCUUGCUGGAGCCUGUCUCUAAUCCUUGUCCUGUUCUGCAGUCCAGGGUCUGGAGAGAAGGCCUUUGAGGUCUACAUAUGGUCGGAGAAGCAGGUAGUAGAAGUCACGGAGUCUUGGAAAGUCAACUGCAGCACCAGCUGUGCGGCCCCGGAAGCAGGUGGUCUGGAGACCUCCAUGGAUAAGAUCAUGUUGGAAGAGCACCCUCAGGGGAAGUGGAAACAGUUCUUAGUCUCCAACGUCUCCAACGACACGGUCUUCUAUUGCCAUUUCACCUGUUCGGGAGAGCAGCACAUGGAGAGUCUCAACAUCAGCGUGUACCAGCCUCCAGCUCAGGUCACACUGAAGCUGCAGCCCCCUCGGGUAUUUGUGGGGGAAGUCUUCACCAUUGAGUGCAAGGUGUCCCCUGUGAAACCCCUUGAGAGACUCACCCUCUCUCUGCUCCGCGGCAGAGAGACCCUGAAGAACCAAACCUUUGGGGGAGCGGAAACUGUCCCCCAAGAGGCCACAGCCAUAUUCAACAUCACAGCUCUGGAAAAGGAUGGUCUCAACUUUUCCUGUCAGGCUGAGCUGGAUCUACGCUCUCAUGGCGGGUUUAUCAUCCGCAGCAUCUCUGAGUCCCAGAUCCUUGAAGUCUAUGAGGUGAUACCGGACAACCAGCUGCUCAUCAUCAUCGUAGCGGUGUCAAUACUGCUCUUCUUGUUUGUGACAUCCAUCCUGCUGUGUUUCAUCCUGGGCCAGCACUGGCACAGGAGGCGGACGGGCACCUACGGGGUGCUCGCCGCCUGGAGGAGGCUGCCCCGAGCCUUCCGGGCACGUCCCGUGUGAGCCGAUGCUGCCAGGCCCCUGGUGGUUACUGGAACUCAACAUGGCACCUUCAAGCCUUCAAGCACUGGUUGAAGGACUGUGGCGGCAGCAGCAGAAGAUUCUGGAGACAUUUGCUUUAUUUAGCCUCAAAAUACAAAUACCUGGAUUUCA